AUGCUCGAAUCUGGGGAAAUGAAUUUGGGAGAAACCGGUAGCACCACCAAUGUACAAGCGGGGAAGAGAUCAACUACGGAUCUGUGGCACGAUGGUGAUCAUCAACAGGAUGUUCGUUUACCGGAAUACGUGAACCAAAUUCUGUCUAGAAUCACUGAUCCCAGUGUUGUUGAGGAGCUGAAAAAUGUAAUACAAAAAAACAUGCACGAACUGUCCCAGCACCAAGCAGAUCGGGAUCGAGCUCGUUCUGAGGCCGAGGAAAUUCGUGACAAGCUACAAAGAACUGAAACGGAAUUGGGCGAUCUGCGGAGUGCGGCUGCUCUUAUGGUGGCUGGUCAGGACGAUGCGCUAGUUACAUUAAAGCGCCAAUACGAUGAAGAAUUGGCUUCUUGGCGUUCAAUAUCAGAACAGCAAAUACUUGAAUUAUCAGCCGCCAACCGUAGGCUGUUGGAACAUGAGCGCGCAACAUGGGCCGGUGAACGAGACGCCCUGCUUUCUCAAAUCACUUCGGCCCCUCGGAAAAUGAGCUUGGAAGAAAAUACCACCGGGGUUACCGGUGGGGCCCCAGCCGGUACUGGUUCUGCAGCCAGGUUUUUCUCUGUUUCUGACAAACUGAGCGGUCAGAAUUUGGCCAACCAAGCGUUGGAGAGUAUGGAGCGUAUGGCUCGCCGUGUGCGGCAAAAGGUGAUGGCGAACAAUUUGUGGCCAGAAGACGAAUCAAGCGAGGCGGCGGCGGUUCCGGCUUUCGACAUUCACGACCCUGUGGCUGUGCAACGCAAAUUAGAAAUGCACGAACGUGAAGUCUUACGGUUGCGUAACUUGUUGAAAGAAACCCCUGAGAAAAUUGCCCCUUUGUCCACAGGUUAG